AUGGACACCAUUACGCCUCAACAGCGGCAAAAGAUCCUGCGCGUGCUGUUUAUCUCUCUGCUUCUCGACCUUAUCUCAUUUACCUUCAUCCUUCCUCUGUUCCCAUCCCUGCUGACCUUCUAUCGCGGACUCGAAACACACCCUUUCUCGGCCCUGAACCGCAUCCUCCACUACCUCAAUGCGUACAAGUCAUCCUUCGCCGUGCCUAUCAACGAGAAAUACGACAUCGUCCUGCUCGGAGGCGCGCUGGGCUCGCUGUUCUCGCUGUUGCAGGCCAUUGCGUCCCCCAUUAUAGGCCGUGCGUCGGAUAAAUAUGGGCGAAGAACAGCGCUGCUAUGGAGUAUGUGUGGCAACAUUGCGAGCGUGGCGCUUUGGUGCGUCGCCGUGGACUUCCGCACCUUUCUGCUCAGCCGCAUCGUGGGAGGAUUGAGUGAAGGGAAUGUCCAGCUGGCGACGGCCAUUGCGACGGAUAUCAGUACAGAGGAGCAAAGGGGGUCGACGAUGGCCCUUGUGGGCGCGUGCUUUAGUGUUGCGUUUACCUUUGGUCCGGCCAUGGGGGCUGCGCUCGCAAGCAUUACCACCGUCAUCGCCAACCCAUUUGCGACAGCCGCGGGGGUUUCCCUGCUAUUGAUUGUCCUGGAGACUCUCUACCUCUAUCUCCAGCUUCCAGAGACCAGACCAGUGAAGACUGCGGCGUCCGAGUCCAAGGCUGCGAAGUCCGGCUCGACGACCUUGGAACAUACGAACCACCCGAUGGUUUUAAACAUUAUCCAUUUGCUCUUCCUCCUCCCCUUUUCCGGAAUGGAAUUCUCCCUGCCCUUCUUGAUCACCUCUGUCAUCUUCCCGGACCAUCCGUCCCCGUCGAAAAUCAACGGCCGAUUACUGGGGUUUGUCGGCUUGAUCGCCUCGAUGCUUCAGGGGUCAAUUGUGCGUCGCCUCCCUCCACUGACGGUGGUAAAAUUGGGUGUCGUCUCCAGCACUUUGGCUUUCUUCCUGCUCUCUCGUAUAGACAGCAUGACUGGCUUGUACUGCGCGGGCGCAUUACUUGCGGUCACCUCGGCCACGGUUGUGACGGGGUUGAACAGUCUGGGCAGCUUUGAGGCGAAAGAGAGCAACAGAGGAGAAGUCUUGGGAGCGCUACGGAGCUGGGGCCAGUUUGGAAGAGCCCUGGGGCCCGUUGUGUUUUGCAGUCUGUUUUGGUGGGCUGGUCGUGAGACGGCCUAUAUGAUAGGCGGCACUGCUAUGUUGGGUACCACUGUCUUGGUUUUCACCAUGUUGAAGGCCCCGAAAAUUGAAAAGAAAAAAUCAUGA